CCGUGAGCCCCGUCUCUGAUCUGGGUGAAAGAGGAGUGUGAGCGUCCUCCUCAGCCGUGGGACGACCAUGUCUCUGUCCAGGAUCUGUCGGGCGUCUUUACUGGUGAUUUUACUGCAAGUCCUCUUGAUCUGCUCGGCUCAGAGGGGCCCGGUGGGUCCCAGAGGCCCCGCAGGCCCGCCCGGAGUAGCCGGCGUUCCCGGAGUGGACGGCAUCGAUGGCGACAGAGGAAAAGACUCCACAGUGAACGGAGGACCAGGUCCUGACGGAGAUAACGGCAAAGACGGAGCUGCUGGAGCUGCAGGCCUCCCGGGCGCAGACGGACCCGUGGGACCUCCUGGAGAUCCAGGUCCAGUCGGCCCAAAGGGACUGAAGGGAGACGCUGGAGGACGAGGGACCCCUGGAGAGCCUGGGGUUGGACCUGACGGACUCGACGGUAUCCCUGGUACAGACGGGCUGCCGGGGGAAUUGGGCAAAGUUGGCGGCCCUGGGGCGAGAGGGAAGAGAGGGCAGGUCGGACUUCCUGGUGCCGCCGGGCCUCGGGGACCUGCGGCUGUUUAUCAAGGAGAAGACCUGUGUCCUAACGCCUGCCCCUCUGGCCUCAAUGGACACUCUGGUCUCCCCGGCAUGAAGGGCCACAAAGGGGUCAAGGGUGAAUCCGGUGAGCCUGGAAGACAAGGACACAAGGGGGAGGAGGGCGAUCAAGGCCUGCUGGGAGACGUGGGAGCUCAGGGACUACCAGGUCCAGGUGGAGCAAGAGGCCUCCCGGGAAUAGUGGGCUCCAAAGGGGACAGGGGAGCUCGUGGGAGUUUGGGCGGUGUGGGUCCUCGGGGGAUCCAGGGAGGCCCGGGCGACCCGGGUCAGAGAGGAGCCAUCGGUGAGGCUGGACCGGCGGGAGUGUCGGGGGAUCGAGGACCACAAGGAAUCAGAGGAGGGCCGGGUCCUGAAGGAGAAGCUGGUUUACCGGGUCCUGAUGGUCGGGAGGGAAUCCCCGGGCUGCCAGGGUCCAAGGGUCUUCCAGGGAAGAAUGGAGCUCCAGGUGACGGUGGCUUACAGGGACUUCCUGGUUUGCCCGGCGCUUAUGGACAGAAAGGACACGCCGGUGGGAAGGGCAGCACAGGAGAUCCAGGAGCUGCAGGACUGAUGGGGUCCCCGGGGAAACAGGGCGAGCGUGGUGAGCAGGGAGAAGUGGGACCAGUUGGACCCAGAGCCGGACCAGGUGAACGAGGAGAACGAGGGCCCGAGGGACCUCAAGGAUCACCUGGAGCCCGGGGAGGCAAAGGGGAUCCGGGCCUUCCAGGACUUCCUGGACCUGCUGGUUAUCGUGGUCAGAAAGGAGACAGGGGAGCAGUCGGUCUGGACGGACCCGGAGGGGAGCAGGGACCAGCGGGUUCCGAGGGGACGGCUGGAGACAGAGGAGACCUGGGAGAACAAGGAGAAGGCGGAGAGAAAGGAUCGACCGGCCCACCGGGAGAGACGGGGAACAAAGGACCCGAGGGUGGACGAGGACAGCCAGGGAAAGAGGGCAAGUCGGGCCAGUCGGGGCCGCGGGGCAUGCAGGGCGACGGGGGGGUACCGGGCCUCCCCGGAUCCCAGGGACCAGCGGGCAAAGCUCCGACAGACACACACAUCAAACAAGUCUGCAUGAGGGUGAUGCAAGAGCAGCUGGCCCAGCUAGCAGCCAGCCUGAGCAGGCCCGAGUCAGGAGUCUCCGGGCUGCCUGGCCCCCCCGGCCCGCCUGGACCCCCGGGAUCCUCUGGGGAGAACGGUUUCCCCGGACACUCCGGAUCUCGAGGACUGCCGGGGCUGAAGGGGCCGUCCGGGGUCAUGGGCCGCAAAGGACCCAAAGGUGACCACGGUGACCCAGGAGAGAGAGGACACACAGCGAGAGGACCCAAAGGAGCACCCGGAGCGCCCGGUCAAUCAGGUGAACCGGGUCGACCGGCUUACGGCAGCGACGGCCGGGAUGGAGAGCGUGGACCUCGGGGCGCUCCCGGGAUGCACGGCGUGCCCGGGCCUCCCGGCACCGCGGGGCUGAACGGGUACUGCGAGUCGUCGCAGUGCAUCCUGGCGAUGGUGGCGUCCCCGGUGUCAGCGAAGGACUCCGGCAUGAAGGGCCCCAACGAGAUGUGAGGAGGAGCUGGAGGAACUGAGAGACUGGAGCAGAACCAGAACUUAGAGGAAGAUUUGGUCCAUUUGGGUUUCGUCACUUUUUUGAAUCGGUCAGCUCAUUUGAAUUCUUUGUUCUCUCGGCGCCAUCUUUGACCUGAAGGUGGAAACUGAGCACCAACACUUUUGAAACCUUCUUGUAAAAAAACAGUUUAAUUUUUACCUCACGUGUGCCAUCUGUGUACUGUACAAUUAAAGGAGUAGUCCGUGUUUUUGUGAAAUUAAAAACUCUGUAUAUGUAUGAACCGCACCAGACCCAUUUCUGUCCCAACAACAACAACAAUGUGUAUGUUUAUGUAAAUGUGUUGAUACGCAAGUUAUACUGUUGGAUACUUAACAUUUGUCUGUGAGUAUCUUUGUUGUUUAUCCACUUAAAGAUGGCCGUGAGCCUUUUCCUCUGAGCGCAGGAUGUGUUUGAUGAUUUCUGUCAUGACGUUGUUUUUGUGAUGAGUUGAGGUGAUGUGUGAAAAACCCUCUGGCAGUUUUGUAUGACUUCUUAUUUAUUAUAUCGAGCUUCGACACGACAUCUUCAAGUUGUACAAAGGGGGAAAUAAAUACAUUUUGAUAACCUCUGGCAUGUUUUGUACGGACGAGAGAACGGCCCAAAACUGACAGGAUGAGAAUAU